CUCACAAAUUCUGCUCUAGCACCCCGGUCCAGGACUUUGAGCUUAAGUUAUCUGAAAGUCCGACUGCUGGGAUGAAAGCGACAGGCUGGUGUAGGCUGGACUGGCCCAGCUUUUGCAUUCAGGCUGUCCACUGCUCCGUCCCUCCCUCCUGCAUGACCUUGCGUAAGGAACUGGUGCUUUUUAUACUCUGGAGUCCUUCUACAAGAGCUGCCUCUAGAGAGUGGGGUGGAGGUUAAGUGUGGUGUGUAGAGCUCCAGCUGUCUCUCUCUACAUGCCUUCCUUUGUGGCCUUCCUGACCAUCACAUAGCUGUGGAUAUGGAAAAACCCCAGCGGCGAUCAAUGAGUUAAAGGCUUGCCAAUAUUCGCUUGCACCAGGUGACCGUGAGCACAUCACUUGGCUUCUGGAGCAGCACAGAGAGAUGGAUUAUGGGAAGGGGUCCAGGCCAUAGUCUGAAGGAGGGGAUGCUGGCAGCCCCCACACUCAGCUCAGCCCAUCCUUGCAUCAUGGGGCCCAGGCCCACAUUAUGGAUUUCCAGCCCACUGCUCCCCUGGGAUGUCAGACUUCUCACGAAGACCUGAAGAUUGAUGGUCUUCCUUAAAGGAGGGGGACCCCUUCCUGACCCACUCUGAACUUCCCCAGAUGCCUCUCCACCUCCCACUGAGGCCCCAGGAUUUAAUGCGCAGCUGGUUCAGGGUGGAUCCAAAUGGAGGCAGCGCACAUGGGGGGAGAGCGUUUCCAAGGCGAUGUCCGAGUUGUCUCUAGUGACCCGUUAACCUGACCCUCCCUGCCUUACGCUGCCCCAGAACUGAGCCAAGCCUUUGGAGGGCGGAUACACCUUAGGAUGUCUGGCUGGGGCCCUACUGUGGUGGGAGGUUCGGAUCCCACGCUGGGACGGGCCCUGGGGAAGGUCAGGGGGAGGGUGAGCCAGAGCAGGCUUCAUCGCCUCUGUUACCUCCUGGCCUUUCCUUCUUCUGAUGGAAUGGCAGUCAGAUGUGGGGUGUGGAGGCCCCUGUUUCAGUGACUGUAAAGAACAUCUCUUCAAAAGAGCUCUCAACAUGUCUUAUUGUAGGAUGGAAGCAGAGCCUGAAUUGGCUACUUUAAAGUCUUUUUAUACUGUAGAUCAAGAGAAAGACCUCUGGUGACUAAUUAGGAGUCCUACAUUCGUCAGACUAUUACAGCCCCAAAGUCAGUGUUUCCCCGGAGUCAAGGUCCCUUUCUCUUCCUGGCCAGUCCCACAUCCUGCUGGGCCUGCGUUGGCCGCUCAUGUUUCUCAUUAUCUCUCCCCCAUCCUCUUUAAAGGCUUCUCACUCCACCCAGGGGUUUUAUUUUUAAAACUUGCACAGUAAUGCUAGGGCUGAGCAGGACACACUGCCCACAUUCCCAGGAAACUGGGCUGCCUGGAAAAGCAUCCCCCUUUUUGGAGACUUCCUUCCGUCCUCCCUCCCUCCCUUCCUUUCAUAUUUAUGGGGCACCUUCUCUAUGAGGGGCUGUGCCAGGGGACAUGACAACAAAGGGAAAGAUCCGGUCCCUGUCCUUAGGGAGCUUCCUUUCUAACAGGGUAGGGAGCACCAGGGAUAGGCACAUACACACACACACAAAGUAAAUACGGGAAAUAGGCAGAAAUUUGUUCAGAUCUACUCUAUAAAAGGGACAAACAAGGCACUGGAACAAGAGAAGCUGUUACAAAUCAGGUAGACAGGGAAAGCCUCUCUAAGGUGGUGGCACAGAAGAGAAGGCCAGAGGAAUGAGGGGCGUCAUGCAUGCAAAGAGAAAGGCUAAGACUAUUCUUUGUGGAAGGAAGACUAGGGGGUAAGGUCCUGAGGUGAGCAAGUGCUGGUGUGUUCCAGAAUUCCAACAGAAGGCCAGGAUACUUCAAGCACCGUGGGUAAGGAGGAGACAUGCUCAAAAUGGAGAAGUGUGCAAAGAACAGAUCACGCAGAGAUGUGGAGUCAUGUCGAAAGUUGGGGCUUUUGUCUGAGGGCAGUGGAAAGCCAGUGGGGAUCAGAAUUAGGAGCUGACAUGCAAUACUUGACAUUUUAAGACGCUUAUCAGGUUGUGAAUGGAGAACAGACCCUAAGAGGGGCAGGAGGGAAGGCAGGGCAUGAGUUAGGAGGUCUCAGAAUCGUGCAGAAAGGAAAUGAUGGUGGCUAGGCUGGAGCCAGGCAGUGCCACAGCUAGAACCAGGCAGACUCUUCCACGAAUUAGCCUGCCACUGGACAUUCUCCUUCCAAAGGGUCCUAAGUAUCCCACAUUCAGAAGACAGAAUAGAACACCAAGCCCCAAAGUCAAGAGGUGGUCAGAAUAAGCCAUAAAAGUUUAGAUGUCCUAUUGCCUAUAACUAGCCAGAUUUAUUAGGUUUCCAAACCCAAUUAAGUAAGAUCCUUGUCCAACAUUGGCUCCCAUGGUUUUCUGAAAGGUGUAUACAUUCUCCUUUACACCAUGGCAGCUCUCUCUGUCCUUUACAGCUUUGGCUUGGAUAUGAGACCAAAUGGCUUUGACUGGGUGAUCCCACCUACACACAAAAUCCAAAGGUGACUUUAUAUGCCCAAAGGCCCCAAACAGUGGUCCCUGCUGUCCAAGAGAAACACAACUAUUUAUACUCUUUGGAAGAAAGGAGAAGAAAAGCAAUGUAUCCGUUCUACAUGCGGUAAUAAUAAUAACAACAUGACUCGUUGUGUACCUCAAGGCACUUUACUUGUAACUCACUGAAUCCUCCAAGAGACCGAUGAAGCAGGUACCACUCUUAGUCCUGCUCACUGGUAAUGGCACGAAGGCUUAGGGGGCAGUGACGUCUGCUGGUGCAAGUGGCAGAGUCAGGGCUCGGGGCUGGUUGGCCCCGACUGGCUAAACAAACUCCUAACGACCAGGGCUUAGGGCUGCCUGCUCUGUGACGACUCUGUCUUAAAAACUACACUGAAGGAGAUCAUCUAAAAUGUGAGUGGAGCAGGGAUAUCAGUAGAUUUUCUUUUUUGGUUUUAUUUUAUUUUCUAGUGUUUGGAAUACAUAGAGCCUGGUACCUAGUGGAUGCUCAAAAACUAUCUGUUUCCUGAAAUUGUUGGGUUAAUGAGUAUGUGUUUACUUAAAAAUUAUCUUUACAUCAUUAAUAUAUUUCAUUAUAGGAAAUGUAGGCAAUACCAGAAAAAAAUUUACCCAUUAUUCAGAGAUAAUCAUAUUAAAAUAUUGGUGAUAUUGAUACCUUUCUAGUCCUUUCCCUGUGUUUCUGUCUGUCCAUCUCUAUCUACCUGUCUAUCUAUGCAUAUAGAUAGUAUGUGUGUAUAAAGCAAAAAUGGGAUCACACAGCUCUCUCUUCCUCGGCGCUGCCUGUGGAGGUGGUAGCCAUCUGUUACUGGGCAUCAUGGCUGCCCUCAGACCUCUGGUGAAGCCCAAGAUCAUUAAAAAGAGGACCAAGAAGUUCAUCCGGCACCAGUCAGACCGCUAUGUCAAAAUUAAGCGCAACUGGCAGAAACCCAGAGGCAUUGACAAUAGGGUGCGCAGAAGAUUCAAAGGCCAGAUCUUGAUGCCCAACAUUGGUUACGGGAGCAACAAGAAAACAAAGUACAUGUUGCCCAGUGGCUUCCGGAAGUUCCUAGUCCACAACGUUAAGGAGCUUGAAGUGCUGCUGAUGUGCAACAAAUCUUACUGUGCAGAGAUUGCUCACAAUGUCUCCUCCAAGAACUGCAAAGCUAUUGUGGAAAGAGCAGCCCAGCUGGCAAUCAGAGUCACCAAUCCCAACGCCAGGCUGUGCAGCGAAGAAAAUGAAUAG